AUGGAGGAAGUUGACUACUAUGCCAUACUUGAAGUUGAUCGUUCCGCAGAUGGAGAUGCAAUAAAAAAGUCUUACCGCAGAUUAGCGUUAAAAUGGCACCCUGAUAAAAACCCAGAUAACAAAGAAGAGGCUGAAAAGCGAUUCAAACUUGUGAGUGAAGCCUACGAAGUUCUUUCUGAUCCUCGAAAACGACAAAUAUAUGAUCUCAAUGGAAAAGAAGGCUUGUCAUCUGGUGUCCCUGGUCCUAGUGAUUUCAGUGGUUUUGACGAUGUUUUCCACUUUCACGAUCCCUUUGAGAUAUUCGCUCAAGUGUUCGGAUCUUCAAUUUUCGAUAUCCUUGGAUCUCCAUUUUCUCAUGGAAACUCUCAUAGCCACAGAACUCGUGUUCAUCGUCGACAUAAUCCUUAUGAACAAAAUCGCAGGCACACGGCACGCCCAGCUGAUAGCUUUGACAUGUUUUCUGGCAUGGGAUUUGGCGGUGGAAUGUUUAGUAGCGUGUUUGACGAUAUGCUUGGAGGAUUUGGUGGCACGGGUGGAUUUUCUUCUAUUUCAUCUUUUAGCAGUGGUGGCGGAUUCGGAGGUGGAAUGGGGCGGUCAAUGUCCUCUUCAACGCGUAUCGUUAACGGUCGUGUCGUCAAUACCACAACUGUACGCGAGAAUAAUAUGGAAACAAUCACUGAAACCGUGGACGGACAAGUCGUUCGCACCGAGACUAGACCUUGUGUCAAUGAUUCAACUUCCUCAUCUAUCUACUUGGGUUUCUGA